GUUUAGUAAUAUAUAGGGGUUGUGAGAUCGUAAUAAUACACACAAGAACCCUCAAUAUAAAGCCUUUACUUAGCACCUUAUCAGUUCAAAUGAUACAAGAUAUAAACGUUAAUCACACAAGUUACAACCACAAAGAAUAAAAAAUAUUUAAAAAAAUAAAAACAGUUCUUGAAACUUUGAAUCAAUGGAGGAAUCAAAAGCGCCUCACGUUGUGAUGAUACCGAGUCCUGGAAUGGGCCACCUCAUCCCAUUCGUCGAGUUAGCUAAACGACUCGUCCACAACCAUGGCUUCACCGUAACCUUCGUCGUGGUUGGCGAAGGUCCACCGUCAAAAGCUCAGAGAACCGUCCUCGACUCUCUCCCUUCUUCAAUCUCCUCCGUCUUUCUCCCUCCCACCGAUCUUACCGAUAUCCCGUCAACGGCUCGCAUUGCAACUCGCAUUUCUCUCACCGUGACCCGUUCGAACCCGGAGCUCCGUAAAGUCUUCAACUCUUUCACGGCGGAUGGUCGUUUGCCGACGGCGCUCAUCGUCGAUUUGUUUGGAACGGAUGCUUUCGACGUCGCCUCAGAGUUUCAAGUGUCACCGUAUCUUUUCUACCCAUCAACGGCCAACGUCUUGUCGUUUUUCCUAAAUUUGCCUAAACUUGACGAAACGGUGUCGUGUGAGUUUAGGGAAUUAACCGAACCGGUUAAGCUUCCUGGAUGUGUACCGGUCUUUGGUAAAGAUUUCCUCGAGACAGCUCAAGACCGGAAAAACGACGGAUACAAAUGGCUAUUACACAACACCAAGAGGUAUAAAGAAGCCAAAGGGAUUCUUGUGAAUACCUUCGACGAGCUAGAGCCAAAUGCUAUAAAGGCCUUGCAAGAACCUGGUCUUGAUAAACCACCUGUUUAUCCGGUUGGACCGUUGGUUAACAUUGGUAAGCGUGAGGGUGACCAGAGUGAAGAGUCUGAAUGCUUAAAGUGGUUGGACAACCAACCAUUCGGUUCGGUUUUGUAUGUGUCCUUCGGUAGUGGCGGUACACUCUCAUGUGAGCAGCUUAAUGAGCUUGCUCUUGGUCUUGCAGAUAGUAAGCAACGGUUUCUUUGGGUCAUACGAAGUCCGAGUGGGGUUGCUAAUUCUUCGUAUUUUGAUUCACAUAGCCAUACUGAUCCAUUAACAUUUUUACCAUCCGGAUAUUUAGCUCGCACCAAAGACAGAGGUUUCGUGAUCGCCUCUUGGGCUCCACAAGCCCAAAUUUUAGCCCAUUCAUCCACAGGAGGAUUUCUUACUCAUUGUGGAUGGAAUUCAACUAUGGAAAGUAUAGUAAAUGGUGUUCCACUUAUUGCAUGGCCAUUAUACGCUGAGCAAAAAAUGAAUGCGAUUUUGUUGACGGAAGAUAUCCAUGUGGCGCUUAGAGCCCGUGCAGGGGUUGAUGGGCUGGUGAUGAGAGAAGAGGUGGCUAGAGUGGUGAAGGGAUUAAUGGAAGGUGAAGAAGGUAAAGGAAUGAUGGAAGGUGAUGAAGGUAAAAGAGUGAGGAAUAAGAUGACAAAACUGAAGGAAGGAGCUUGUAGAGUGAUGAAGGAUGAUGGGUCAUUUACAAAGGCUCUUAGUCAGUUAGUCUUGUAAAUGAAAAGAGAGCUAGAGCAAAACGGUAAGCAUUCAAAUAAUCUUAUAUUUAUACUUUUAUUAAAAUAUGCAAGUGAUUUGCCUCUAGUUUCAGUCUUGAUUGUUUUUAUGAAUGUAUGUGUGUGUCAGUGUGUGUGUUUUUUUUGCGGUGGUCUUGUUAGUUGACAUAGACCCUAUCUUUAAACCACUUGUAAUAUCAGAACCCAGGAUGAGUUGCUCGGCGGUACCAUUACCGGCUGGGUAUAUGAUAAGUGUACAGUUUGUAAAUAUUAUUGUAUGUUCUCUUACCGCAAUAUAUAUAUACUCUUUUACGUUUCA